AUGAAUGAACAAGGAUUCAAUUCAAAGCCAUCUAAUGUCAUCAAGAUCCUUAAUCCGAUUCAUCCUAAUUCUCAAGAUUACAGCAACAAGAUCAUCAAUGAAACUCUGACUGAUCACUAAAAAACUCAGAACCGCGAUUAAAGAUUUACGAGCGAAAUAUUAGCAGAAAAGGAGGGGUAACUAAAUCACAGCAAUCCUUCUAUGAGUUCUUCAAAUGAUGAUGAUUAAUUGGACGAUUCAUCUAACAGGUCCUCAAAUCUUCUUGAGGAUGACCAGAAUGUUGUAGAGAUCGGGCAUCAGAUGUAGGUACCUUCGAAUGUGUAUCACAUCGAAAACUCCAUAUCUAAUUAGCCAGUCCUUACAAUAGAACAAUAUAAUGGACUACCGUAAGAUGCUCGAGGUCUAGCCUCCGCAGUUGUUGAAGGGUCUGAGUAGUAUCAUUAAACUUCUGUCAAAAUAAGCAUAAAUAAUCUAUCCAACGGCGAUGAUAACCAAAAAAAAAGGACUUUUUCUUAAGCAUUUCAGUCUGAAGAAAUUAUGAAUGACGAUAACCAUAUAGAUCAUCCCCCAUCAGGAGGUAGCACCAACUAUCUUAAUUAAUAUCAGCAGUAAUCAAUAGCUGCUUCAACAACGAUAAGGCUAAACUUAGGAUCAUCAUUAGUAAAUAGUUAACCCUUGACGGCCAAGAAUGGUGAGUUACCUUCAUAGGAGACUAAAAGAGUCAAGACUGGCAAUGAGUUCUCCCAUAAUUAGUCAUACAAUGAGCCCCCUCAGCACCUAUAGCAAAUUUAGCAGUUCUAGCCUCAGAUUUAGACUGCUCAGUAAAAAUAUGAUGAUUUAUUUAAGAGAGCAAUUAGUAACGUCUUAUGUUUCAACAGACAAAUGACUUAAAUAAGAAUUCAAAAUAGACAGCAUUUCGCAAUUGAAAACAUGAAGAAAAAAGCAGAGAGAAAUCAGCUGCAUUAGAAUCACAAUAGUUUCCUUCACUGCAACUAUCAGCCAGGCUAAAAUUUUCUCAACUACAUGAAUCAGAUCAAUUAUCAAAAAUCCACAUCGUAUAACUAAAUGAACUAUGGUAAUGCUCAUUACUCAAGAAUUAAUAGCUAGAAAUAUAAUCAUUCAUCAAGAUAGUUCCAGAUACCGCAGUCUCACUAAACCAAUAUUUAAUAACCAGCAAGUAAUAUGCUUAACUAGAGUGUCUUAUAAAAAUAAUCGACUAUUGCUCACUUUAUGGGAUCUGGCGGUUUUUAAACUUCAACUUCUGGUAAUAAUUUAAACUUUUAAACUCAGAGACCCCCAUUCGGUAUUAGCAGUGUUGCUAGAGACCAAGCAAAUCAAAUGCUAGGGGAAUAGGAUUAGAGCAGGCUGGAAGAUGUUCGAUCUUUUGGCGACAAGCUCUAAGAAAAUGAGUCCCCAAAUAAAAGACAUGGGGAUGAAAAACUUCAUGAUAAAGGUAAUUAGCAGUAGGACGGUGUCUCAGGUGACUAGUAGUUGAAUGUUAAUAAUUCCAAUAGUGCUAAUGACUUCGUAUGCAUCUCUUGCCAUAGAGGACACCCAUUUACUAAAAAGUAUGCUAAGAACUAAUGCCAAACUUGCUAUAAAAAGACUAAAAAAUACUAGAAAGACUCUGAGGAUUAUUAUGCUAUAAACUAGCUAGUUCAGUAGCCUAAUAAUGUAGGAUUUUAAUAGCCAUAUCCUCCUUAUUCAGGCUAAAUCAGUCACUAUGACUUGAAUAUGUCGCCUUAACUUAUGAAUGGUCACUAUAAAUCAUAUGUAAAGAAUAUGGAGAAUGGAUUGAGUUCUGCUAAGCAUAGAUCUUAAGCUGAUGAGAGUGAAAUUCAACAAGAUUUGGUAGAAUGA